AUAGAAAAUUACGAGCACUUGAAAAAAUAGAAACUUUUUGUAUGUAGAAAAGUUGCCUUUACAGUAUCGAAAUGAAGAGCAAACCUGUAAAACACAAAUCUACGAAUACAUUUCGAUUCAUACCAUUUGCAGAACGCAUUAAUGCGAUUGAUAUUCGUCAUGGAGCUUUAUACCAUAUAGAACAUGCAUACACAAAACAUCCUGAUGAAAAUGAAACAUAUUUUAAUGUGGCUGUACAAAAAUGGUUUGCGCUAAAUCUGACUGACAAUUUUAAAAAGUUUCGCAAAGAAAUUUUUGGGGUUGUAACAGUGCCACAACUAGUGCAUAGAAAAGAUGAAGUUCUAGAUAUAUUGGAGAAAUAUUUAAAUUUGGAAGAUUCACUGUGUCUUCAACCCUUAUUGGAGAUUCUAGUGUCUCUAGCAAAAGAUUUAAGAGAUGACUUCUACCCUCACUUUCCAAAAUUCUUGGAUAUUCUUAUUAAGCUAUUAAAAACAAAAGAUGCAGAAAGAUUGGAAUGGACAUUAAUCUGUUUAGCAUUUUUGUUUAAAAUCCUAAAACCAUAUUUGAAAAGAGAUAUUGCUGCAGUGUUAAAAAGGAUUAUUCCAUUGUUAAGUGAAUCCCAGCCACAGUAUAUCAACAACUUUGCAGCUGAAAGCUUCGCCUUUGUGGCUAGAGAUAUAAAGGACAAGAAAAAGUUUAUAGAGCUUAUUUUGAAUUAUUUGCUAAGUAAUAAUGAUGCUAUAACUGGAUGUGGUCACCUAAUCUUUGAAAUAUUGAGAGGAGUUAGUGGGAAAUUCCACAGUUGUGUUGAAACUUUUCUUCCUGUUCUGUUUGAAGUUUUAAAAGACAAAAAAAUACAUCAAGAAAUCCUUUUCAAAGUUCUUACGCAAACUGCUGAAGACUGUUUACAAACUAUAUCUCCUAAGGAGUAUACAAUCUUUUGGAACUGUAUUCAGAAGGUGGUAGAAGAAAUUCUUAAAGAUGAAGAUGAUAAUAAAGGACUGGAAUACAUUUUAAGAAUAGCAGGUCAAGUUAUUCAACAUCAAAAAGGAAAGUACUUAGUAAAUCCUCCACAGUUUGUGCUCCUUUUAGUCAAAGUUAUAAGUGAGCAGACUGCAGAAAGUGUAUUGGAAGUUUGUUCUCAAAUAGGCGCAUUAUUACUCCUUUCGACAAAUAUUUCCCUUGCUCAAGAACAUGCAGGAAUAAUAAUAAAAGUUUUGUUACCUCUGCCAUAUAGGAAAAUUCUAAUAAACUUUGUUCAAAAUGUCAUUGAUUAUUCUCAAUUUGACAUGCAUAUUUUACCACCUUUUAUAAAUUUUGUGAUCCAGUCGAAUUUCGACGAAGAAGCAAUGAAGACGUUGACUAAAAUAUGUUUAGCAAAAUCACCUUUAUCAAAGAAUGGCAUAAGGCUGUUUGAAUGGGUGAAAUAUCCUAUAGAUUUUGGAACAAAUCUAGCGCUAUUUAUGGAACAUUUUACCAAUGCCUUGAAUGACGAAAUAGGCAACAUUGUUGAAAACCCCACCAAAUUGAUAAACAUGCUGUUCUGUAUACCACACAUUGAAAAAAUUGAUGUUGACUACUGCGUUAAAUCAUUGAAUAAACUCAUUACGAAAUUACUUGACUUACUGACAAGCUACAAUCUGGAAAGUCAGUUACGAGAUAACAAAUUAUAUUAUGAUACGACACCUUUAUCAAAGCGUUCUAGAAAGAUCCUAUUUAUUUUGGCAAAUGCUUUGGAAAGUGCUGUACACAUUUCCAGUUGCAGAAAAUUGAAAGAAAUUUGCAAUAUUGAUGCUUUACUCCCUGUGAUACUACCUUGUGCUGCAGAUCCCAAUUAUUUGGCAGCUUUGCAUCUCGUAGAUUUAUAUUUAACAGCAUAUGAGCAAGAGAAUGGACUCACUUUUCCAUUUUUGUCAUUGGUUGACUCAUAUCUGAAAAGUAACAUUUCGUCUCCAUUUCAUAUUGUACGACUAUUGACGACACAUAUUUACAAAUUAUUCGAAAGCGUCGAAGAACUGAACAAAACUGUCCAUGUUGGAGGCGAAACAGAGAAGUUUUCAAUAUUCAGCAAAUGCUUUGCUGUAGAAUCGAUUAAUCCGUCUAUACAAGAAUAUAGAACGCAAAUAAGCAUGUUGCAGAAGAUGGCGUUUAAUACUACACAGUAUGCUUUAGCUAAAGAAAGAGAAUUCGGUUUGUUCGCGUUAAAUUACAUGUUGGGUGUUUUAUAUAUGAAUUUCAAGUUACUCUGGGAACCAGUAGGUGAAUUCGUCGCGGGAUAUGGUAAUGCUUUAUCAGUAGACGAGUUCUGGCCAACUUUUUAUAAAGCACUCAGAUUGUCCUUUGUCAAUGCAAGGUCAAACCCAAAACAGUUCCGAUUUGACGACGAAAUUGAUACCAAUUGUGACCUGUUGCAAGAUUUGUAUUCAGAAUACAAUAGCAUAGAUGAAAGACUGGAUUUUUAUAACUACAGAAAUUUAAUUUUAAAAGUAAUGACAAAUUGUAUUCAAGCAUGUGAAGCGAGGAAUCGUGAUGUAGUUGUACUAUUUUUAAAUUUUAUUGAAGAAGAAUACAGAAGAAAUGACAACAUGAACGCUCUUAAAAUUGACGUGGAAGUUCGUAUUAAUACUGAAAUGGAAGUUGAUGAAAAAAAAUCAGAAGAAGUAGAUGAAGAAACUGAAACCUCGGAAGAAAUAAAUGAAGAAAGUGAUGAAAUCAAAGAAACGUUUUCAGGAAAAAUGGUAUUUAAAACUCUAAUAAACAUAAUGCAAGUAUUAGCACAGUUUAAGAAUCCACGAGCUCUUCAUAAAGAACCUGUAUUUUGGGAGCUUUUCAUGGAAUUUUUGAAACAUAAGAACUCUGGUCUUCAAAAAUACGCAUUAGAUUGUAUUAUAAAUUAUAAGAACAAAAGUAUAGUUGCAUAUAAGAACAAUCUUUACAACUUGGUUGAUGAUAAAAAAUUCAAAGAUGAACUAACACUAUUUAAAAUAACUGAAGAUGCUAAGAGUAUUCAACCAGAAGACAGAGAGCAUGUUAUCCCUAUAAUACUGAGAAUAUUGUACGGUAAAAUGACAUCUAAAUUAGGGGCUGAGAAAAAAGGUGGGGGGCAAACUCGGAGAUCACUAAUCAUGAGAUAUUUGGCUGGGUGUACUGAAACUGAAUUAAAAAUGUUUAUUGAAAUGGCUUUUGCGCAUUUCAAGGAGUACAUGACUUUAGAGCCCAAAGAAAUUAACGAUAACAUUACUUCCAAUUUAGAUUUGAGAUCUGUGACAAGUCCUGGAAAAUUGCACAGUAUUCUUAAUUUAUUCGAAGUUGUCCGUGAAUAUUUUGGAGGAUACAUGAAAGAAGAACUACUAUGUCAAUUAUUCAAGACUUUUUAUGCAGUUUGUUGCACAGUCGCAGCUAUUUUAGCUCAAGGAGACAGGGUACACAUUGGCUAUGUGAAAGUUAUGAAGAACAUUCGAGUUAUGGCGUUGAGUACUGUAAGAAAGUUAUUUGAUCAGUUUGACAAAUAUCCUUGGACCAGGGACGAGUUAAGACUAGUCUUUGAAACUUUAUUAUGGCCUUUAAUACCCAAACUGCAUAUUGAAGGUAUACACACUCCAACGGCCUUGCUUAGACUGUUCAAUUCUUGGUGUCAAAAUCCCCGAUACUAUAUUUUAUUAGUUACGUCUUCAGAAAAAGACUCGACCCUCAGUCCUCUUCCUGCAAUUUUCAAAUUAUUGCUAGCACCAAAAGCAAGCACAGGAGUUGUCAACAUGAUUUUAGAUAUGAUAGAAAAGCUAUUAACACUAUCGGAAGAUGAAGAAGACAAAGAGAUUGUUGCCCUACAAACUUUUAAUUACGUUUGUAACGAAACGGAAAGUGACAAUUGUAAUGAAAUUAAUUUUGGAAGCAAAAUAUUAGUCUCCCACAUAGCUAGCAUUUUAGAAGUUAUGAAACGUCGCAUAUCGAACACGGCCAAAUCUAACACGGUUAACAAGAGAGACCUUCUCAUCUUAUCAAGAGUAACAGAAUUAGUGGCUAACCCAGAAAUGUGCGAUGAUCUCUUGAGUUUGUUAUUGCCAAUUUUAGUAAAGAAAGUUUGCAUGAACAUGGCUGAAGACAAUAUGGAACAUGCUGUCACUACUAUUAUUAAUUUACUUGGACAUAGCACAGACCCACAAGCUUAUAUUAAACACGUUGCAGUACUUUUUAGUAAAGUAGGACCUGUGCACGUUAGGAAAUUACUAAUAAAACUUUUGAGCACUUUAGCUGAAAAUGCUUCUAACAAUAAAGAAAUUUGGUCACGAAUGGCUAAUGUAGUAACCGAAAUGAACGCUUUUAACAAAAGGUGGAUUGAACAACCAGAUUUCGACAGAAGGUUGGACGCCUAUAAACAAAUCUAUCAACUGUCGGAAAACAAUGAAAUUGAUGUGGAUUUGGCUAUUCUUAUUGUUAAUAAUUGCUUCUUUUUUAUUAGAACGGAAAAAGACAUGGGUUUACGAGACAGUGCAGGCUUGUGCCUGAAAAGAAUAUUACCAAAAUGGCUUAUGAAGUAUUGGUCCACCAAUGAUGGCCAAUUUUUAGUUCGUGAUACUGUUUUGGCUUUAAUAUCUACUGGAAUCAGAGACACAAAGAACGAUAUUUUGAGAAAUGAAAGCAUUUCUCUAUUGGGUGAAUUAGCAAGAGAAUGUCCUGAUGCUGAUGUGGUCUUGUCAGAUUUAGCGGCAUUAACAAAUAAAGAAGAUAGGGAAGUUGAUUUCUUCGAAAAUUCUUGUCAUCUUCAGAUGCAUCGCCGCGUUCGAGCUCUUUUGAAAUUUUGCAAAGUUGCUAAAAAGAUUACUAAGUGCCCAUCACCAAGAACACUUACAAAUUUCAUUCUUCCCCUAGCAUUUAUGUAUUUAUGUGACGACAAAUAUUCCGACAAAAACACAUUGAUAGAUGCGUGCAUAGAAGUUGUUUCCACUUGUUGUAGAUUGCUUCCUUGGUAUCAUUAUGAAGUGAUUUUGAAGCUAUACUUAAACAAGAUGAGGCACUCUUCUGACUAUCAAAAACAAUUAACUCGAAUCAUUGUGGGUAUAUUGGACGCAUUCCAUUUCGACUUUUCCAAAAUAAAGAAUAUUGAUCUUCCAAAAGCUUUGACUACUAAUAUACAUGUCAUGAAAGUGAAAAUAACGUCUAAAGUAACUAACGACAAUGGUGAAGAAUCUAUGGAUGAGAUUAUCAAAUAUUCAGUAUUGAACGAUGGGACAGAAGAACAGAACGACGAAACAUUUCAAGACAUAGACAAGGAGCUCAAAAUAGCUGAUUCUGAAAAGGCAAAUGAAGAACAAAGCACACAACUAACAGAUUUGCCCGCAUUUGAAAAAGUUACGACUGUCUCUCCAUCAGUUGCUAAACGAAUUAUCAAAUCGUUAGCAGCUGGAUUGUUACCUCAGUUAAACAGAACUAUAGGUAAAAUUACGGAACAUGAACAAUCGCAUAAAUUAAAUAGGAAAAGAACAGGCCUAGAACGUCAGGAAGAAGAUUUACUGAGGGUUCCCAUUGCAUUAGCUCUAGUCAAAUUAUUGCAAAGAUUGCCUGGAGAUGUUUUAAGAUAUCAGUUACCAGGAAUAAUAAUAAAACUAUGUUCCUUCCUCAAGUCGCCGUUAAAACAAGUGAGGAUAACUGCCCGAGAUAUCGUUAAGAAAAUAAUGUUAACUGUUGGACCUCAGUACUUGGGAAUUCUAUUAGAACAUUUGACUUUAUUACUGACAAGAGGCUUCCAAGUACAUGUUCUAGUAGCGACAAUACAUACUGUACUAGAUGCUUUAAAAGCUGAAUUUAAAGCUGGUGACUUGAAUGAUAAUUUACACCACAUAUUAAACGUAUGCAUUAGUGAUUUGUUCGGAACUUUGUCGGAAGAAAAAGAAGUACAGAAACUCCACUACAAAACACCGGAAGCGAAACCAAGUAAAAAGAGCUAUGUAACACUAAUGAUUGUGUCUCAAAACAUAACAGAAAAGUACCUAAUAAACUUGCUCUUGCCCUUCAAAGAAUCAUUGCAGAAUCAUCAUUCAAAGAAAACGGUUUUAAAAGUCCAGGAAGCUCUCAUGCAUAUAACAAGUGGUCUAGUUACGAAUAAAUUUAUCGACAUUGAGUCUUUAUUCAUAUUUCUACAUGGCAUAGCGUCUGAAAGCAUACCCGAGUUUGUGUUGGGAGCACCUAAAAGAGACAUUACGGAAAAACAAAAAGAAAAGAUGCUAAUGGUUAAACCAGAUUGUUUUAUCAUUCCCGAAGCUCCAGGGCGAAGUAGAGAGGUGCAAGCUAAACACGUCAAAACGUCUAGUAAAGCAAACGCUCACGUCUUAGUGGAAUUUAGUUUAAAUAUUUUGUACGUUAUUUUGAAAAGAGAAAAAGUACCGAGAAUGGAUUGUAGGGCGUUUGUAGACCCUUUAGUACCAUUAUUAGUUGACGCGUUGAAGAGUAACCAUGUGAAAGUGACAACAGUAGCUAUGAAAUGUAUUGCGACGCUUUGGACUAUUAGAGUUAGUACGCCGUUGUUGGAAGAAAUGGUCGCAGAUGUUGUAAAGACUAUAUUCUCGAUACUGCAUAAGUAUGCAACGUUUGAGAUUAGCAAACAGAAUGAUAAUUACAAUUUAGUAAGGAAUGCUUUUAAGGCAGUGACAGCCCUUAUUCGUAACGUAAAAUAUUAUUCUCUGGAGGCUGACCAGCUAAAAACGCUCUUGCUCUACGCCGAACAAGACUGCCAGAGCGAUGAGAAACAAGCGAAUUCGUUUUCUUUGUUGAAAGCUAUAUUGGAGGCAAAAUUGGUGUCCAAUGAAUUGCACGAAGUAAUGGAGAAUGUUUCUAGAAUAUGUAUAUUGAGUGAAUCUGCAAGAUCCAGAGAAGAAGCCCGCGGUAUAUUCGUGUCCUACCUGACGAACUACUCGCCAGGUAAGCGCAUGGACAAAUACCUGCAAUUCUUCGUGUCGCAACUUAACUAUGAACUACAGCACGGACGGGAGUCCUCACUUAAGUUCUUGGAAAUGAUCAUUAACAAGGCUGCUACGCAACAAUUAUCGAAACAAGCAGACUUCCUAUUCCUGUCUCUAGGCGCUUGUAUGGUGAACGACAGCGCACCUGAAUGUCGCGUGGCCGCUGCCACCUGCAUUGAGUUAAUGAUUAAGAGAUUGCCUCUACUCGAGAGGAAUAAGCUGUUUACGUUGAUUUUCAAGUUCUUCCAGGACAAUCAGCCGGUGCAUAUCGAACUUGCAGCACAAUUAGCAAUUCGUUUCGUCAACGUCGAAGAAGACGAAUUUAAGAACCGUCUUGAUUCCACACUGUCUCUAGUUUGCAGCAAAAUUUCACUUCUCAGCAGCGACAUUACAGAAGGCAGGUUCGUUAAAAUAAAACUGGAUCAAGGCGAUGACAAGAAUGAUGACGAAAAACAAAAGGAAAAGGACCACAGUCUAAUUCAAACAUUGAAUUUCAUCGAUAAGAUUGUAACACAUUGCUCGUCUAGUUUGAAAAGCAAAAAAUAUGUAAACGAAUUCGAUGAAAUAGCCCAGCAAUGUCAAGCGUUAUUGGCGUAUCCUCACUUGUGGGUGAGACUGGGAGCGGCGAAAAUAAUUGGAGCAGUUCUAUCGGCAAUUGAUGUAGAAGAGUUAAAUAUGGUUUUAAAACAAGAGACUGAGAGUGAUAGAGGGUUUAUUUAUUACGAAACUGAGGACACUUUGAAAGCUCUUGUUUUGGACUUGUGCGCACAAUUUACGCCUAGUGUUACUAAAGAAAUGGCCGAACAGGUCACAAGAAUCAUAUUUCAAAUAUUAACGCUAGUUCAUUCUCUAUCGAGCUUCAAGCUAUCGAAGAAAACAACAUCGGAUACCGAAGAGACUGACGUCACAGCGAAAGUGAAUAUUCGAUGGAUUUUGUUCAAAUUGCGCAAAGCUGUCAAUGUUGAAGUGGCGAGAGCACCUAGUUCUAUGCAUAUUCGAACAGCAAUCUUCACAAUGUGGCAACACUUCAUAAGCUCACUGGAAAGUACAGACCUCCUUCGAAUAAUCGACGUGAUCCUUCCACCGAUAGUUCGAGAACUAUCCACUGGCGACGCGAUGGCGCCUGCGUCUGUCGCUAAGCAGCUAGCUAAUAGGCUGGGAAAGAAGCUGAGGCGGAAGAUAGGAGAUAUAGAAUAUAGCAAACUUGUCGCUGAAGUUCAAACCAAACUUAAUGUUAAACGUGCAGAGAGAAAGAAGAUACUUCUACAAGAAAAGGUGCACAAUCCAGAGAAAGCGGCAAAGAGAAAACUUCAAUUAAAAGAAAAGAAAAAACAAGCUAAAAAGAUUAAACUGGAAAUGUUACACGGCAAGCGCCCGCGCGCGAAGAAGCGGAAAGCGGAAGACAUUGAUGUUGAGGAUCAACUGCUGAUGGAUGAUUAA